AUGGGAUCCGCACAAGGAAAGGAAGAAAUAAGCUGCGUUAUUCACAAGACUGCAGCAAGGGUUACAAAAGAAAAGUUUAAGAUUAGGACUCAGCAAUCACCAAUAAUAAGGCCAGACCACAGCCAACCAGUUUUGGCCACACCCACACUAUUCCAUAUAAAAGACUACCAAACAAACACCAAAUUCGAAAAUAAUGACACAACUCAUAAGGUUAUUCCAAAUAAUACUUCUUACUCUCUUUUUAAAAUUGGAACAAAAAUACUGUUCUGGGGUUUAAUUUUUUAAAAAAAAUAAAUAAAUUUAUUUCUUGAAGUUUAAUUUCUUUUAUGAAGAAUUAAUUAAAACAUUAAUCGAAUCAUUUUUAAAACUGUGUGAAUAAUAUUUUACUCUUUCUCAAUUAAAUUAGGUAAAAACUAAUUUUAAAAAUUAUUAUUUCAUCUAUAAAAUUUUCAUAAAAAAAUUGUUCCAAUUUAAUGGGGUUAAACAAAUUACCGAUAUUUUGUUCCAAUUCAAAGAGAGGAGCUAUGAGAAAAAUAUUCAAAUUCCGAAUAUAUAUCAUAAAGAUUAAAAUUUGCUUAAAAUCCCUAUAAAAUUCCUUUAUUUUUAAUCCAAAAUAAAAAUAAUUUUAAUAUUUCAUUGAAUAAUGAUCUUAAUUAAAUAUAAAAAUAAAUUCAAGGCCAACUAAACUAAACAUAAGAUUACUCAAAAAUAAAAUAGGGACACAAUCGCAUCCCGUUUCUAGAAUUGGCUCCCCUACUUCAAAAGGAACCCUUAAUAUUGAUGAUUCACUUCCAAGCUUCAACUUGAAAUCAAAUAAUAAUACCCCAAUAUUUAAAGAAUCUUCUCAUCAUGAUACCCAAACAUUUGACUCCAAUUUUUUACCAAUUUCAAAAUUUGGUGGUGAUGAAGGAAUUUCUCCUAUACCAAAAAAAUCUAUGGCGAAAAGUUUCAGCGCACUCAAAGCUUUGAAGUCUACUUCACUUCCUAUAUAUAACUCAGGAGAAGGAAAAAUGAGCUCGCCUAUAAAGAUUUUUAACACAAGAUUAGAUACUUUUACAUAUUAGUUUUAAUUAUAUUUUAGCAUUAAAAAACAAGACAAGGCUGACCUUAAAAGUUAUAGUCAAGGGCCGGUGAAUUCAGAAGCUAUAAAAAGUAUAGAAAACCCUUCACUUAUAUUUGAAAACCUCGACUUAAAAAAAGUAUCAAAAAGACGUGAAUCAUUCAGAGUCAACACUAUUUGUGAAGUCAUUAAAAAUCGCAGAGGAUCAUUACAGCUUAACUAUGAUAUACAAAUUCUCCUUAUUUUUCCCUAUUAAUAAUAUAAAUAUUUUUUCUUGGAAAAUUCACUAUAGAUUCUUAUAGAAAACAAUAA